GAGGCAGACCCCCAUCUCCGAGUGCUCCAGACGUUCUCAUUGGCCAGACCUUUCUACAAAUCCAACUCAGCAACUUCACUCAGAACAGACUAACAAAUUAUAACCGUAUGUAUUUUACCAACAUAAACGCGUUUGCACUCUACCAUACAUUGGUGCAAGUGUUAAAUAUGAAAGUUUUGUCGGUCUUUUUAUUCUAAUAUAUCCAAAGCGACAGUUAUUUUUGAUUGGUUAUCUUAUAGGAUUUCGAAAUUAUAGAGAGAGAUAUUUGAUUCAAGGAAAGGAUUGGACAAAGAACUAUCUUCUCCGGCCACAAUCCUGAGCAUCCAGCGGCAAAAUCGAGGCAGUGAGAAAAAGAACAGAUAAACAACCAAGGACAUCUACGGGCCUUACCCAAUUUUCAACAUUUUCUCCAACUUUACCCCCCAGUCCAACAUUAGCAUGAUGUCGUAUCUGAAGCAACCACCUUACACAGUCAACGGACUGAGCUUAACGACAUCCGGAAUGGACCUUCUGCAUCCAUCCGUAGGCUAUCCAGCGACACCCCGCAAGCAGAGACGAGAAAGGACGACUUUCACACGCGCCCAACUUGACAUUUUGGAGGCACUGUUCGGCAAAACUCGCUAUCCUGAUAUAUUCAUGCGCGAGGAAGUAGCACUAAAAAUCAACCUACCAGAGUCUCGUGUACAGGUUUGGUUUAAGAACCGAAGGGCAAAGUGUCGCCAGCAGCAACAGCAGCAGCAGAACGGGGGCCAGAACAAGGUGCGACCAGCCAAAAAGAAGAGUUCUCCAGCCAGGGAAGCGAGCUCUGAAAGCGGGGCGAGUGGCCAGUUCACACCGCCCUCAAGUACUUCAGUCCCGACCAUCUCAACCAGCACCGCACCGGUAUCUAUCUGGAGUCCAGCCUCUAUCUCUCCGAUGGCUGACCCUCUCUCUACCUCCUCUUCCUGCAUGCAAAGAUCAUACCCAAUGACCUACACACAGGCCUCGGGAUACAGCCAAGGCUAUGGCGGAUCAACGUCAUACUUCGGCGGAAUGGACUGUGGUUCUUACCUUACUCCCAUGCAUCACCAGCUGUCUGGCCCCGGGACGACACUCAGUCCUAUGAGCACCAACGCUGUCACAAGCCAUCUGAGCCAGUCCCCUGCGUCCCUCUCCACUCAGAGCUACGGAGCCUCGGGGCUAGGCUUCAACUCCACGGCGGACUGCUUGGAUUAUAAAGACCAAGCGGCAUCCUGGAAACUGAACUUCAAUGCAGAUUGCUUGGAUUAUAAAGAUCAGACUUCAUCUUGGAAAUUCCAAGUCCUGUGAAAAAAAACAAUGUGUAAACUAUUCAAACAAAGACAAUGAUAAAUCAAACAUAUAGCUCUGACAUCCUUCAAUAAGAUAUAUGCUUAAAAUACUGAAUAUUCGUGUCGUCGGUAAGGAACUGCGAGAGAGAGGGGGCUAUCGGUGGCGCCUCGCGUUGUUGGCAUGAUGUUUGGCCCCAGCCUGUAGAGGAGAAUUUAGAAUUUAUUUUAGCUUUGGCUAAGAGACUUUAUUUUCAUUAACCUCACAGGUUGUAGCCCUCUCACAUGUAUGUCUGUCAGUGUGUGCCUCUAUGCUUACAACACAUGUUGGUUAAUUUAAGGAAAACUCGGAGGUGACCCUUAGUAAUUUAUGGUACAUCACAGCCAGGGAACAAAUCCUUAUCCCAGAACAACACUGCUCGAGGAGCGGAUCUUUUGGUUAAGAGCUUUGGAUGGUCAGGCUUCGUUUGAGCCUUAUAACUUGCAGACCUAUUGGUAGAGAGACUCAUCAGGAUGGUGUGUGGACUGCGCGCACCCGAGGCGACAUGGAUGCACUACUUUAUUUAAGAAAAAGUGUUUAUAAGGAAUCAAUAUGUAGUUUCUAAGAGACAAUCAGUGUGUGUCUUAUAUAAAUGGUACAUAUGUGUUUGUUUUUUUAAUCUGUGCUAGCCUUCGAAACUGUGAUCUGUUGUAUUGUAUGCAAUUUGUGAGCUCCCUCGCAUCAGCGAUGACUCUCUGCUGUGAUUUUAAUAGAUUUGUAACUUUUUGAUCAACAAAAAAAUAAUGGAUAAUGAGAAAAUAAUUAUUACUGCAAGAGACUGUCCAAACCCAUGGUAGAACAUCUGAGGUGAUACUGGAAAAGAAGCUCUCUAGAUUUGCGCGUUGUUCUCCGUUGAUCACACGCUGAUUGUGGAUACCUAUAACAUGGCUCCAAAGAUGGUGUGACCCCACCACUGAACAGACAUGAAUAAAGGUCCUGUGAUCUGA